GGGGGGCGGCGGGAGCGGCUGAAACGGGAGAGUCGACUGAACCGUGUGGGUCCGGGCUCGGGCUGUCCCCUCCUGCAGCCACCUACACUAACCAGCCUGGCAAGUCACCUCAAUGAAAAAUAUCAAGGGCAGGAGAUGGAGGUCUCAAAUUAUGCCACUCAACUGCUGCUGCAGCUCAACCAGCAACGCGCCAAGGGCUUUCUGUGUGAUGUUGUCAUUAUGGUGGAGAACACGCUCUUUCGGGCGCACAAAAGUGUCCUCGCCGCCACCAGCAGCUACUUCAAGUCCCUGGUCCUCCACGACAACCUCAUUCACCUUGACUCCGAGAUGGUGGAUCCAGACGUGUUCCAGAAGAUCCUGGACUUCGUUUAUACCGGCAAGUUGUCUGAUGAGUGCCAGGGAACUGAGCGCAUGCAGAACCUGACCUCCCUCCUCACUGUGGCUAACUACCUCCAGCUCCAUGACCUCGCAAGUCUGUGCUCCAGCAAGCUUGAGCCUGGUGGGUCAGUCUCUGGCAAGAGCUCCUUACGCAUGAGAAGCCAGCCUUUUUCACCCGCCUCGAAAAUAAUCGUGCCCAAGCGCGAGCCUGAGGACACUUCAUCAGAUGUUGAAGUGUAUGUGAGCAUGGUCCCUCCAAAGAAGAGAAACAACGGUGAGAGUAAGUUUUUCCCAAAUACCAAACCAGGCUUCGGACUGGAUCUGACCAAGAAGAAUUCUUCACUCUUUUCCGUGGUUUCCCUAAGCAAUGAGGUGAGCAGUAUGCAGGUUUACUCUCAGUCCUCCAUUUCCAGGACAACUGCAAGCAGCCUCCCAUCAGGUCUGGAAGGGAAGAGGUCACCAGAGAAGGCCAGUGGCCUGGUUUCCUUUGACGGAGCUCAGGAAUGGAGAAGAACCCCUCCCCGAGAGCGCUCCAGAAGGAAAGGCAAUGUCAACGGUUAUUUCCCUGUCAUCAAGAGUGGAAGUCACGUAAGCCAAAACCUUGUCUUUAGAUCAGACUCGCCUGAUGAUAAAGAAAGCAAAUGUGAAGAGAAUGCCCAAGACCAGGCAGAGAACAGAAGAUCUAGCGAUGCCAGCCCUAACUUUGUAUACAGACAGGAGUCCUACCUCAAGCAACCCCAAGGGGACAACCCUUAUGUCUGUAUUCCUUGUGGAAAGGGGUUCCCGUCCUCAGAAAGCCUCAACAACCAUGUAGAAUCCCAUAUAGAUGUUGAAAUGGAUGGCUCUAAGGAGGAAGAUGAGGGUGAUGAAGAUCCAGCUGCGGAGCUGCCACAAGAAUCCCCAGGAACCACAGAUAAAAGCCCUCUGAAGUCCCAUAAAGACCUGGACACCUUGCGGCCAUUUCCUUGCAACAUUUGUGGCAAAAUGUUCACCCAACGUGGCACCAUGACACGCCACAUGCGCAGCCACCUGGGCCUGAAGCCUUUCGCCUGCGAGGAGUGCGGCAUGCGCUUCACACGCCAGUAUCGCCUCACCGAGCACAUGCGAGUCCAUUCGGGAGAAAAGCCCUACGAGUGUCAAAUCUGCGGGGGCAAGUUUACACAACAAAGAAACCUCAUUAGCCACAUGCGAAUGCAUAACUCGCCAACUUAGGCCAGGGUUCGAGAGGAUACGCUUAGGUUAUAUCAAUAAACUAAUUACAGCCUCUCAACUAAGCUCACUGGUCUAAUAAACAACAUUACCUCAUAAAGUUUAAGUAACCUCUUUUUCUCUGAAUUUAAACUACCGAAUGUUCAUUGUGGUACCAGUUACUUUGAAAGAGUGAAUGUAAUACUCAUGUUAUUGCUGAGUCUUUUAUGGUUAAAAUGCAGAACUUUGUAGAUUACUGAGCUUUAUCUGCAGAAAACAAAACUCUUGUUUACUUGAAUACGUUUGCAAACAUUGCUACCUCAGCUUUGACCCUCCCAAACCUGCAAAUGCUAGCCCUUUGAGAUUAUGUUCACCUACACAAUCUGGACCUGUUCCUCAAUACAAAACACUGUUAUCCUUUUAUUGAUUGUUCCAGUGUCUCAGCAUAAGUUGGCAACUGAUAUAAAUCGUUAACAAACCAUAGUGAUUGACGCAAUAGAAAAAAAUACACUGCCUUUAUCACAGUGAGACGGAUAGAUUAAAAACCAAUAUAAGGUUUCUGAUGAACAAGGUUUGUUAUAUGAUAAGCAUUAGUGGAACAAGGGUUAUUUACCCAAUGACUUUAAGGCAUUUAGGCAUGAUUGAUGUACAGUUCCAAAGAAAUUAUGAAUGUUAAAAUAUGUUAAAAUACUGUAUUACUAUAACCAAAUCUAUAUUCUUACAAUAUACGUAUUUAAGUGUAAGUCUAAUUUAUGUGUUUAUUUGCAGUUUUACAUUUUUGUUUAUUCCCUUCCUCUCCCUUUUCCCUUAUGCCACAGUUUACUUAAUUUAGUGUAAGAUGUCAAUUUUCAGAUUUUCUUCCUGCAUAGAACAUUACAUUUAUACAUCUAAUGUUUAUAUGAGACCAAAAGGACUGUUGGUGAACUAUUGUAAAUAUUUUUGAGUAUCUUGAAGAAAUUGCUUGGUUGCUCACUGAUUCCAGGGUUUUGGUGGUUUUUGCAUGAGCUGUUUAGUUCAUAAUCUUUGGUUGCUCCUGUCGAGUGGUCAGUGAGAACACUGCUGUUUCUUGUUUGUUUGUUUUGUUCUGUUCAGUGUGAGACAAUUUGGGUUAACGCUGAUACCAUUACGUUUUUGGAUGUUAAGAUGUGUAAUAAGGAUUUUUGCUUUUUGUUUCAUUCCAACAAGCUGUGUUUAGCUGUUACUUUUCAACUACCUCAUGUUUUCUGGGUACUUACCCACUGUUUAAGCAAGGUGACAACUCCUCCAUUCACCAGGAACUCAUCAGACCAAUAGAUAUGCUAUUAGAAUUUUAUCAUAGCUUGUCCUUAAAAUCUCACUGCAGGCAAAAAAAAAAAAACAUCUUUAGUUGCCUGACUAUUGCAGUAUGUUUUUUAUUUUAUUUUUGUGUUUUUGCUUUUGUUUUCCCCACCCCAGAAAUGAGUUUACAAAGAUUGUUAUUCGUGACUCUGUCUGUACCACAACGACGGAAUGUUGAUAUAUGCAGGAAAUUUUCCAUUUCUGAUGG